UUGAAGAAAAAAAGUUGAGCCUCAGAACAGGCUGUUUUAAAGACAGGGAGGGACUUAGCCUUGCCGGCUUGACCGGCAUGUGGAAGGAGAGCUCUCAUGGCUGCAAUAACUUAGGGGGAGCUCCUACCUGGGUGUCGCUUGGGGUAGGAAGGUUUCUGUUUGUUUUGUCCUGUUUCCGAGGGUCCCGUGUGCUUCUCCCGCCUGUACCAACGUGACUCUUGGUGGGUUUUGCACACCCUGCCCUGUGGGGGAGUGCCCCAACGUGCCUGUCUUAUGUGGCCUCUAUGGACACACUGCCCGGCUGGCAGAGAACAGGGAAGUUUUCUCCCAGCACCCAAAAAGAGAAAGAGGAAACUACUUUUCCCCUCUGGGCUACUUGCAGCACAAUAGCUCAGGAUAAGCCUCCACAUUCCCGCCCUGGAUUUUUCUGGACUGCUUUCCAGGAAGAAGUUAAAACUUCAUCUUUAAAUGGAUGAGUAUGUCACAAUCAGGAAGAAACAUCUCCAAAGACCCAUCUUUAGACUAAGAUGCUUAGUGAAGCAGCUGGAGAAAGGCGAUGUCAACGUUGUCGACCUAAAGAAAAAUAUCGAAUAUGCGGCAUCCGUGCUGGAAGCAGUUUAUAUCGACGAGACAAGCGUUUACCUCUACGUGUGUUUGUAGAAGACUUCUUGACCCCGAGGAUGAGCUCAGCGACAUUCAGACCGACUCAGUCCCAUCGGAAGUCCGGGACUGGUUGGCUUCUACCUUUACGCGGAAAAUGGGGAUGAUGAAGAAGAAACCCGAGGAAAAACCCAAGUUUCGAAGCAUCGUCCACGCUGUUCAGGCUGGUAUUUUUGUGGAAAGGAUGUACAGGAAGAGCUACCACAUGGUCGGGCUGUCAUAUCCUGCAGCCGUCAUAUUGACGCUCAAGGAUGUUGAUAAAUGGUCUUUUGACGUAUUUGCCUUAAAUGAAGCGAGCGGCGAGCAUAGUCUGAAGUUUAUGAUUUAUGAACUGUUUACCAGAUACGACCUUAUCAACCGCUUCAAGAUUCCCGUUUCUUGCCUAAUUGCCUUUGCAGAAGCUUUAGAAGUUGGUUACAGCAAGCACAAAAAUCCAUAUCAUAAUUUGGUUCAUGCAGCUGAUGUCACUCAAACUGUGCAUUACAUCAUGCUUCAUACAGGUAUCAUGCACUGGUUCACGGAACUGGAAAUUUUAGCCAUGGUUUUUGCAGCUGCCAUUCAUGAUUUCGAGCACACAGGAACAACAAACAACUUCCACAUUCAGACACGGUCAGACGUUGCCAUUCUGUACAAUGAUCGCUCAGUGCUUGAGAAUCACCACGUGAGUGCGGCCUAUCGGCUUAUGCAAGAGGAGGAAAUGAACAUCUUUGUAAAUUUAUCGAAGGAUGACUGGAGGGAUCUUCGGAACUUAGUGAUUGAAAUGGUGUUAUCUACAGACAUGUCAGGCCAUUUCCAGCAAAUUAAAAACAUAAGAAACAGCUUGCAGCAGCCUGAAGGGAUUGACAAAGCCAAAACCAUGUCCCUGAUACUCCACGCAGCCGAUAUCAGCCACCCAGCCAAAACUUGGAAGCUGCACUACAGGUGGACCAUGGCCCUAAUGGAGGAGUUUUUUCUGCAGGGAGACAAAGAAGCUGAAUUAGGGCUUCCAUUUUCUCCACUCUGUGAUCGGAAGUCUACGAUGGUUGCCCAGUCUCAAAUAGGUUUCAUUGAUUUCAUAGUGGAGCCAACAUUUUCUCUCCUGACAGACUCAACGGAGAAAAUUGUUAUCCCUCUUAUAGAGGAAUCCUCAAAAUCGGAGUCUUCUAACUAUGGGGCAAGCUGCUCGUCCACCAUGGUUGGGUUCCAUGUUGCUGACUCCCUGAGGCGGUCAAAUGUGAAAGGCGUCUUGAGUGACGGGAGCUAUCCUCUGGACUACUCUCUGUCCGCCGUGGACCUGAAGAGUUUCAAAAACAACCUGGUGGACAUCAUCCAGCAGAACAAAGAGAGGUGGAAGGAGCUAGCUACCCAAGGUGAGCUUGAUCUUCAUAAGAACACGGAAGACUUAGGAGAUGCUGAAGAAAGCCGUGCUGACACCCAUCCAUAAGUCUGAACAAACUUUAAGAGUUCAGUUGUUUUAAACAUAAGAGGGAAACGAAAGCAGCACAAAACCCAUGAAAAGUCCUUGACUUUCUAAAGAACUUAUAGUCUCUUCUUUGAACAUUCAUUUGCUCAAGCCAUUUUAGUGGACUUCUCUGUAAGGAAUGAGAGCAUACAUUUCAGUCUAACGACUGGGCAAAGAAGUCCCCGUGAAUUGUGACUAGGAUUCUGGCCACUGUUUUCCAUCCCUAAUUCGGUCAUCUUGGAUCAAGCCAGAGAAGAAAUCUUUUAAGAUUGAAAGUCGAACAGUUUCAAACUUCUAUCACUUUCAACUCGUGCGGAAGGCAACCUGUUUCCCAACGCACUUCUUGCACUCGUCACUCAGCGUGCUGCUAUAGUUUAAACGGAGAACCAAGUCAAAACCAACCCAAAAUGAUGGAAAACGGGGUUUCCUCGCAAGGCUGGUGUGGUAAGACUGUCUUCUUUUAAAGGCAUGGGAACAGGAGAAUCGAGGUUGCUCGGCGGUUUGUGAAGUCCCAGCAGCAACUGACCAUGAUGACAGCUGCCACCCAGUGACUGUAUCUCCGGCUGGGAAGCGACAGUGCCGCCUUCUGCUGAAGAUGGAAGAUCAUCCUGUUACCAUCCCUGUGGUUUUAAAGCACUAAUGUGUACCCCAUGUGUGUGGUCACAUUGCAGGUCACAGCUUGCUCUCGGUCCACAGUAACAGGGAGCAUCGGUCAUGGCAGGAGACAGGCACUUGAAGGGAAAACAGCGUUUCCCUUCUGGGAGUUGAUCCCAUUAGGAUAUAAAAAUACAUUACAGGCGAAUGGAUAAGAGAUGAGAGAGAGAGAGAGAGAGAGAGAGAGAGAGAGAGAUUGUGUGUGUGUACGUGUGUGUGUAAGCGUGUGCGUGUGUGCUGUAGGUCUGUGUACUCAUGCUCAGAGGUGUAUAUGGAAAUGGAAACUCAUGCUUUUCCGUAUAGCUUACAUUAUUUGAUGUGACUUCUUAAUUUUGCUGAACAGAAAUGAACUGCAGCCCUCCGAGGCUCUGCUUCUUGGUGUUUUGCCUGAGCAUGUGUGAAGCCUUUCCUCGCCCUAAGGGCCUUCACUUGUUUUUGGCUAACAAGAACGGUCAAGCCCGAUAGGAUGUUGUAGUUCCUCACCGUCCAUACCUUUCCUGGAUUGUGAGCUUCAUGAACAGUGGAAAGUGGGUGGAAAGAAUCAAGAGUAACUGUCAAUUAAAUGGCGUGCAGCUGGGUUUGCCCAUCCUAAUGAGUUGCUUCUUGCACCGGCAUUCCCCCAGGUUCCACAUGGCUAAGCAAUAUUUCAGAGAAGGACCUGACCAGAAGCUUCUAAGCCUACGUAGUGACGGUCUUUAUAACCUAGAUCUAUUUUAAUGUGCAAGCCAUAUUCUCUAUGCAUAUUUAGUAUGCAUUAUUGUAACUUAAGAUAUAUUUGUGUGUAGACUGUAUAAAAUGCUUUUGAAUGUUCUGUGAAUUAGACUCUUGGUGUUAGUAUUGUCCAAAUCGUGUGCCGAUCACAGGUAAAUAAUUGAACUGUAUCAUAGACAUUAGAAUGUAAUGGACAUUUUAAAUGUCAGCAGUAAAAAUUGAUCUAUAAUGAUGGGUUGACAAGAUUUAUAGAAAAUGUGCAUCAUGGUAGCCUUUGUCCUUUAAAAUGGACUUUUUAUUUCUAUUUAUGGAGAAACUGUAACUAUUGCUCUUAAUGUCCUCUUUUCUUAAAAAAAAAUCUAUAUAUUUGCCAUCUAGAAAAUAUUCUGCUUUUACAGUAGAAUCUGAGAGUCUAAGAAAUCUAAUUACUCUUGUUCCUAAUUGAGCCAGUUGUCUUUAAGCAAAGCUAGAAUCUCCGGAGGGACGAAUAAGUUGUAACCCUGCUCCCCUCGUGGCAUAGAAAACACAUCCACUCUGUUCCUUUAGUCUCUGUGCUUGGGUAAUAUACACGGAAGGAUACGCCCAUUGGUCAGUGUGUGUGCUAUCCACAUUGUCAGAGUGACUUACAGAGCACUGUGACUGACUCGCAGGGGGGCUUGGGGAGACACACUUCCUCAGAGCCCUCACACUGCCUGGCACACUUACUCUCCUCCCCUCUUCCCCCUCUUCCUAUCCCCACUCUCCCUAUCUGCCUUUGGCCUUCUGCACGCCUUCCUUCCUUGUUCUCUCUGGAGGACCAGUCCUGCUGGACACGUCAGACUGAAGGCCCCGAGUGCUGUCCCUCUGCAGAUAGUGUAUGUGAGGCCACACUGUGAGGCAGGACUGUCUCUCUCCAUAGGCUGCUGCAACGGCUUUGCGUUUUCAGUCACAGCUACCGACCCUACACUCGCAAGUUCAUCUGCCUUUUCAUUUCACCAGAACUUUGCAUUUUUCACAUGACAGCCUACGAUUCUUGUGUUUUUAUUAUGCUGUACUCUGUAUUUCCUACUACCCAUGAUUGCUAAAUAAAUCAUAUUUGAUGGAAA